CCAAAGACGAAAGAGCAUCAGCAGCCGAGAGCCCGCAGCCAGGGGCGCUGCCACCUGCCAGGAUGCGGUGCCACAAGUUUUGGGUCGCAUGUUCGUUUGGAUUUUACGUGUGGACUGCCUUUCUCUUCAAAGGAUCUCUGCAAGGAGAGUACCAGAGGAGACUUUACAAGGAGCUGCUUGCUAACUACAACCGACUGGAAAGGCCAGUGGUCAAUGACUCAGCUGCCAUCCUGGUGGAGCUGGGUUUCACUCUCCUGCAGAUUAUCGAUGUGGAUGAGAAGAACCAAGUGUUGAUGACCAAUGCCUGGCUGCAGCUGUACUGGACUGAUGUCUACCUGAGCUGGAACCCAGAAAACUACCCUGGUGUCCAAAACCUUCGAUUCCCUUCAGACCAGAUCUGGACUCCUGACAUCCUUCUCUACAACAGUGCGGAUGAUCGUUUUGAUGCCACCUUCCACACCAACGUUCUGGUGAAUGCGUCGGGUUACUGCCAGUACAUCCCGCCCGGCAUCCUGAAGAGCACUUGCUACAUUGAUGUGCGUUGGUUCCCCUUCGAUGUCCAGAAGUGUGACUUGAAGUUUGGCUCCUGGACACACAAUGGCUGGCUGCUGGACCUCCAGAUGCUUGACGUGGACACGUCCACCUACAUACCCAAUGGCGAGUGGGAUCUUGUGGGUGUCCCAGUCAAGCGCAAUGAGCUCUACUACGACUGUUGCAAGGAGCCUUACCCUGACGUGACCUUCACAGUCACCAUGCGCCGCAGAACGCUUUAUUACGGCCUCAAUUUGCUCAUUCCCUGCGUGCUGAUUUCUGGCUUGGCCCUCUUGGUCUUCCUGCUGCCUGCUGACUCAGGAGAAAAGAUCUCUCUAGGAAUCACCGUACUGCUUUCGCUGACUGUCUUCAUGCUUCUGGUGGCUGAGAUCAUGCCGGCCACCUCUGACUCGGUUCCUCUCAUCGCUCAGUACUUUGCCAGCACCAUGAUGAUAGUAGGAAUGUCGGUGGUGGUGACUGUGAUAGUCCUGCAGUUUCAUCACCAUGACCCUCAGGGAGGCAAGAUGCCUAAGUGGGUUCGGGUGGUCCUGUUGAACUGGUGUGCUUGGUUUCUGCGCAUGAAGCAACCUGGCGAUGAGCGCAGGCGUCCCGGCUACAAGCUCCGGCAUCCAACCCAGCACCAUUCCAGCACCAACUCAAUUGAAAUGGGCGCCAUUCCGAGCCUCUCUAUUCCACCCUCCCAAACUUCCUGUCCACCGUGCACCUCGGGCACCUCCAAUGGUUCAAUGAGCCUCUAUUUUGGCAGCUACCACCCAAUGGAGAGUCCACAGUGCCCUCCUUCCAGUGACUCUGGUGUAGCACUGGGGGGUCGCGCUCAUGGCUCCCCCGGUGAAGAGGCUGAGCCCCCCGGUGUUUGCAGUAAUGUUUUGGGAAUGGGUGCAGGUAUGGGAGUCAGGAUCCCGCCACCAGAGAUUCAGCGCAUCUUGGAGGAGGUGACCUACAUUGCCCAGCGCUUCCGGGAUCAGGAUGAGGCUGAGGCCAUUAGCAGUGAGUGGAAGUUUGCAGCAGCGGUGGUGGACCGUCUAUGCCUGGUGGCCUUCUCGCUCUUUUCCAUCAUUUGCACCUUCACCAUCCUCAUGUCAGCGCCCAACUUCAUAGAGGCUGUCUCCAAGGACUUCACAUAGCUGGAUUCAGAACUAUAUAUAUUGAUUUAUCAUCCUCAAUGGGCCAUUAAUGUGAAUAAUGCUUAUUGUGGUCUUCUUGUGUAAAUAUAAUUAUUUCAUGUCUCAGCUAUUGCUAACUUCUGUGUGCAAACACACAUGAUGUCCGUCAGAGGUCACUUGCCAAAUCAUGAUUUACAGACACUUGAUACAAAAUGUCGACACCCACACACACGUGCACCUCUGUUCAAAUGGCAGAUAUUUUGUGACAUUAAAAAAAAAGGAGACCAAGAUAUAUCAUUUUAAAACUAACCUGCACAACACACUCACUCUGAAAUAAUGUGCUUGUCCAAGUGUGCACACCCUCUUGCUUUUGUAAUCACUUAGAGAUGUUCAUGUUGAAAUUGAAUACUACUGUGAUUAAGAAUCACAUUUCACUUCUCUCUCUUUAUUUUGAGUGAUCACAUGCGUGCUGUAUUACAGUCUCUUGUGAGUGUAUUGUGCAAUAAUGCUUUGUGCUGACUGGUUGGAGUGGACCAAUAACACAGAUGCAAAGGUGUAAUUCAAACGUAGCUGAUUGUAGUUUAUGUUUAACAUCCUCGACCAUUUGCUUGGAAACAAUACCAUAAGCUACUAUAAAAAUAGUUCAGAGUUGCUGGUGUUAAAAUGCUCAUUGAAGAAAAAGGCUUAUGUGACUUGGGAUACUCUGGACAGUCUGUUCUUACAAGAAUUUAUUGUUAUUUGUCAGAAAUGGAAUUCCAAUGUAACGAAUACAAAACAAAAUACAGAAAAUAUUUGGAGGGAUUUAAUAUACCCCCAAACCUAGCCGCACAAUGCUAACUACUUUGGAUUAGGAACAAUAAAAGCAUGUUGGCCGUGUGUGCAGGAUACCUGUAGGAUGGAGCAAAAUUGUUUUGGGGAUGCGUUGCUUUGUACUGUGCAUGCGCACAGAGUCCUCAGGCAGUUGAAAUGCUUAUUAAAAUUAGCCAGGGUGAAACUUAAUAAAGUACUUUGGUACAAUAUUCUAACGCAAGUCUUGUGAUGUGUCAGCCUCAGAUAUCAAGGAUGAUUACAAAAGGCUUGAAAAUGUGAUAAGAAAUCAAAAUCACAUCACAGCAAAAUACUGAACUUUUAUAGAAUCUGUGUGUCAAUAUUGAUAAUGGUUUUGUAUGCGAUUAUGGAAGCGAGUUGAGUGACUAAUGUACAUAAUAGUUUAUUUUAGGUUUCAUCUUUGUCGUGCUUAUCGUCGUUUUACCGUACUCUGUGUCCUUGCAAUUGUAAAUGUUGUCCCUUGGCCAUAAUAAAAGUAUAUUUAUUCUCUGUA